GUUUCCACGCUGCGUUUGCGUCAGCGUCGUCUGGGUCUCCCUCUGGGAUCUCAGGCUGUGAUGGCGGAGGUGGACGACGCCGACAUCAUGGUGAACUUCCAGGGUGAUUUCCUAAAAAGCGGCAGGAAAAGCUGCCGCUACCCGUACUGCAUUGUCUGGACGCCUAUUCCGAUUUUAUCGUGGGUGCUCCCCUUCAUCGGUCACAUGGGCAUCUGCACCUCUUCAGGGGUCAUACGAGACUUUGCGGGAUCUUACUUUGUCUCGGAGGAUAACAUGGGGUUUGGUCGACCCACAAAGUACUGGAGGCUCGAUGUGGAUAAAGUCUGUGGUAACGGUGCAGCAACGUGGGACCAAGCAGUGCACGAUGCAUCUGAGGAAUACAAAUGCAGGCCGCACAACCUGUGCAUGGAUAACUGUCAUUCCCACGUUGCGAUGGCUUUAAACCUGAUGCGGUAUGACAACAGCUCAUCCUGGAACAUGGUGAACCUGUGUGUGCUGUCCUUCAUUCAUGGGAAGCAUGUGAGCUGGGCAGCCGUCCUGAAGACCUGGCUCCCCUUCGUCAUGCUCUGUGGGGUCCUCGCCACGUUCAUCUUGACUCUGAACCUACAGUAAUGCAGCGAGCGGCACCAGGAGAGGGCUUUAGUGAUGCUGUGUACACUGUCACUGACAUGAGUGGUGUGUGUUUUGAUGGGACGUUUGCAAAAUAUCAAAUGGAACGACUCGUUAUGUUUAAUUUAACAAGCUUACUUGUUGUUUUUAAAGGAUUUGUAUAAUUGUUUUUGCAGCUUUACCUUAUCAUUUGUAUCCAGUGUUGCAGUUCCCGACAGUUGUAUUAAAUCACAUGUGCAAUAUCAAGAAAUAUA